GGUGGAGUUAACAGUGGUGGAAUUGCGAUGCUGCGACCUUGUUAUCUCUCUGCAAGCCCUUGAUAGCAACGAAGCCAUGCACCCAAGUACUCCACGAACGACGAUUGAGGCAACAAACAAGUUCCAACUUGCGACGAUGCCAAUGCCGCCUGGCACAAUCAUUGUCAAGAUAUCGAGGAUCUCUCCCUGCGGUACGGUUCGCUUUGCCGGAGCCACGAUUUGCCCUUCCUCCUCGCGCCGGCGUGAUCCGAAGCCCAUGGCAAAAUUGCGGUUGGUGUAACAAGUGAGAAAGCAAGAGUGUAGUCGGGCUGUAUGCAGUUCGCACCCCUCGUUGGCUUGCCCCUUUUCCC